AUGGCGCUCAAGUAUCUUUCCGUGGCCACGGCCAUUGUCGCCCUUGCGGCGCAGCCCUGGCUGACAACGGCCGUCGACCUUGAGCUCAACGUCACAGCUCUGACUGGUGGCGAGCUUGAGGCGGACUGGACCAAUGUCUACUACUCCAAGUCUAACCCUCUGCUGCUCGGAAACGACGGCGGAGCGGCCACCGGCGGCGUCCAUGCCUGGGAUCUGAACAGCGAGUCGCCUCUGGCGGAGGUAAAGACUCUUGUGACCGGCCGAACGAAGCUCGUCACUACAGUCUACAACGUCACUGACAACAAGGACCUUGCGAUCACGAUAGCGAUGCCUGACUCCGUCAUCCGCGUGUUUGAUGUGCCCUCGUUCACCGAGAUUGAAUCAGCCCAGACCACUCUCCUUGGCGAUUGGUCCGCGCUGUGUUCGUGGCGAAGCAAGAGUCUGAACGACUACAUCUUCCUGUUUGGAAAGGGCAAGGCCGUCGAGUAUCUCGUGAGAAAGGGAAAGACUGACAUUGAGCUCGUCGAGAUCCGAAACAUCACAAUGCCCACCGAGUUCUCCGGCUGCGCGGUGUCCCAUUCGCAGUCCAGGAUGAUCCUUUCCGCCGACGACGACAAGGACGUUUAUGUGUUCGACCUUACUGAGUCGACCACCAACCCUGAAGUCACCAAGAUUGGCGAAGCGGAAGAAGACGUCACCGGCGUCGCUGUCUACACGUCUUCUGCCUCUAACUCUACCAGCCAGGAAUACCUCUUUGUCGCCCAGGAGAACGCAGUAGCCGUCUACGAGUACCCAUUCAAACUCCUUGGAGCCAUCAAGUUGACCGGUUUGGAGGACAUUGAGGUCCAGGGCCUCAGCAUUUACCAGGGCGCGACCUCCAAGUACCCCAGCGGUGCCCUCGCCUUCGCCAUUGAGGCCGAUGACGUCGCUGGAUUUGGUCUGAUGUCUCUGGAUGGAGCCCUCACUGAGCUUGGAAUCUCGGUAAAUAAGGAGUACGACCCACGCACUCAGGUGGGAUGCCGGACUCGCUCCAAGAUUUGUGACGCGUGCUCCGGUAACGGCUACUGCGAGGAGAAUGCCCUUGGCUGCGCGUGCUUUGCUGGAUUCACUGGCGACAAGUGCGACGCCUUCCAAUGCACAGACAACUGCUCUGGACGCGGCGAAUGCGUUGGUCCUAACCAAUGCAAAUGCCAGGACGGCUGGGGCGGGCUUCAUUGCUCUUUCCUCCUGGUGCAGCCCUCGUACGAAACAGACCAGAAUGGUGCUGAUGGAGAUGACCCUGCCAUCUGGAUCUCUCCUGAGGGUGCUGACAAGUCUCGAAUCAUCACCACGACCAAGUCGACUCAGGGUGCGGGACUGGGUGUCUUUGACCUGACCGGCAAGCUUCUGCAAACAAUUUACGCUGCCGAGCCCAAUAAUGUGGAUAUGAUCUAUAAUUUUCAAGCCGGCAACCGCACUAUUGACCUCGCGUUCGCUGCUUGCCGUGACGAUGAUACCCUUUGUCUCUUCGAAAUGACGUCGAACGGCACUCUCAAGAACAUUGCCGGUGGCGUCCAGCCAGUCGUCGAAGACUACAAAGUCUACGGCUCAUGCGUCUACCGCUCUCCCAAAACUGGAAAACAAUACCUCUUCGUCAACGAGAAGUCCGCCCGCUACCUUCAGUAUGAGCUGACCUCCACCCCCAACGGCACGCUGCAGACGGCCCUCGUCCGCGACUUCCAGGGCGGCUCGGGAGGCCAAGUCGAAGGCUGCGUCACAGACGAGGAGAACGGCUGGAUCUUCCUCGGCGAAGAGCCUUCUGCCCUCUGGCGCUACGACGCCGAGCCUGACUCCACUGAGCCAGGACUGCGCAUCGCCUACGUCGGCGACGGGCACACUUACGCCGACGUCGAGGGCGUCACACUCGUCUACGGUGUUACGAAAGACCAGGGCUAUGUCCUGGUUUCCAACCAGGGCGUGAGUUCGUACAACGUCUACCGCCGCGCUGCCCCCCACGAAUACGUCACAACUUUCACAAUCACGAAAUCUGCCGACGGACAGAUUGAUGCGGUUUCCAACACUGACGGCAUCACUGCCGUCGGCACCCACCUGAACAAAGACUUCCCCCACGGCCUUGUCGUCGUGCAUGACGACGCGAACCAGUUCCCCAACGGGAGCACGAGCACUGAAGCCAGCUUUAAGUUGGUCAAUUUGGAGAAGAUUUUGGGGGCCGAGGCGCUCAAGUCGCUCAACUUUUUGGAUGAUGUCGAUGCCAAUUGGGACCCGAGAAAGAUAUUUAAGCAAUGA